GCCGGGGUCACGUGACGGCGGCGGGGCGACCCCGGGCGGCGUGACCGGAGCGGGCGCCCUUCUCCGAUGCGGGGUCCCCUCCUGGCGGCCGCUGGGGGGGCCAUGGGGGGCGCGGGGGGACCCCUGGCCCGCACCAUCCGCGCCAAGCUGACGGCGGCUCUGCAGCCCACUCACCUGGAGGUGCGGGACGACUCCCCCCGCCACGGGGGUCCCCCCGGCGCCGAGACGCAUUUCGGGGUGCUGGUUGUGAGCGGGCGCUUCGCGGGGCUCCCCCUGCUCCAGCGGCACCGCCUGGUGCACGAGGCGCUGCGGGCAGAGCUGGCCGGGCCCCUGCACGCCCUGCAGGUCAUCGCUCGCACCCCCCAGCAGUGGGAGAGUGACCCCCAAGCCCCCCCCGCGCCCCCUUGCCUGGGGGGCUCCAAGAGGGAGCAGCGCCGCGGGGACGGGGAGAAGGAGCAGGAGGCGCCGGGGCAGCAGUGACGGCCCCGGAAGGCCCCCAGGAACAGUUCGGGUCUCCCGGGACCCCCACCCCGGUGUCAGCGCAGCAGAUGGAGCCUGGAGUUGGGAGGGGGCAAAAGUCCUGGGGGUGACCCCGCCCCCAUCAUCCUCUGCCCCAGUCCCCGCACCCCAUACCACCCCCAGCCCCCUCUCCCCAACCUGGACCCACCCCCCUGCUCCCAUCCUGUGGGGGAUUUUUGGGGCGUCCCUCCCAUUUAAUGUCUGAAUCAAUUUAAAUAAACGU